GAAACGUUUCGUAACCCAACCGCAAUCUGGACGAUCAAUCCGCCACCAUGUCCAGCUCCGCCGCAGUCGACGGCGUCGCGGCCACCGCGCUCCGAUCAGUUCUCCACCGCGUCCAGCUGGCAGCAGAAAAAUCCGGCCGCCGCGCCGACGAGGUCCGGGUGGUGGCGGUGAGCAAGACGAAGCCGGCCGCCGUCCUCCGCCAAGUCUACGACGCCGGCCACCGCUGCUUCGGCGAGAAUUACGUCCAGGAAAUCGUCGAGAAAGCUCCUCAGCUUCCUGAAGAUAUAGAGUGGCAUUUUAUUGGGAAUUUGCAGAGCAAUAAAGUAAAGCCACUUCUAACUGGUGUGCCCAACCUUGCAAUGGUAGAGAGUGUGGAUGAUGAGAAGAUUGCAAACCGUCUUAAUACUGUUGUUUCUAGCAUUGGGAGAAAGCCUCUUAAGGUGUUGCUCCAAGUGAAUACUAGUGGAGAAGAAUCAAAAUUUGGUGUUGAACCCUCUGGAUGUGUGGAGCUCGCAAAGCAUGUGAGUUUGGAUUGUCCAAACCUUGAGUUUUGUGGUCUAAUGACCAUUGGUAUGUUGGAUUAUUCAUCUACGCCAGAAAACUUUAAGACAUUAGCCAACUGCAGAGCUGAGGUCUGCAAGGCACUUGGAAUUCCAGUAGAGAAAUGUGAGCUAUCAAUGGGCAUGUCUGCGGACUUUGAGCAAGCUAUUGAAAUGGGAAGCACAAAUGUGAGAAUUGGAUCGACAAUAUUUGGGCCAAGAGAAUAUCCAAAGAAACAAUCGCCUUAGCUUAAAUUUCUCUUGUAACCCAUUGGAUUUUGGACUCCCUAAUUUUUGCAUUGAAUUUGGCAAAAUUGUGGUCAGAGUUUGUAUGCCAUUCCAAGGCU